UUUAAAAUCUCCACUAUUUAUUAAAUUUUUGAUGACAAUGAAGCAUAUAACUGACGAAGUAGACAUUAGAAGUAAAUUAGGCACUGAGGAAUGUUUAUUUGCUUUUGGUCUUAGCGUAAUGCCAUCUUUUCGUGGACAGUCAUUCGGGGAAAAUAUGCUUGAUUCGAGGAAGGACAUUUGUCAGAAGUAUGGUCUUAAAGGAACAGCGACUAUUUUUACGUCACCUGUUUCUAUCAAAUUAGCAGAACGUUUAGGAUUUGAGGUAUUGAAACAAUGUGCUAAAGGGCAAACCAAUUUGAUGAUUCCUUCGAAUGUUACCCUGCUUAUAGACUACAACGAGAACAACACGGUCGACUACACAGAGGCAACGAUGACGACGACGACAGGUACGCAGCGAAGCAAAUUCAUUUUUUCUCACUCAGUGUGUCGGAAAACGUCGAGACUUCAUAAAAUCCGCAAAACUUAAUU